AUGUCGGCACCCACUCCGGCCACACAGCCGGUCAAGACCAAGUCCAAGGCGUACUCGUCCACCGUGGCCAUCCAGGGCGACGCCGCCAAGUACCGUCUCAAGUACAAGGAGCUCAAGAAGAAGGUGCGCGAGAUCGAGGUGGAGAACGACAAGCUGCAUCUCAAGACGCUGCGCAUCAAGCGCAACGUCCAGCGCAUGCGGCUCGAGCGCGCCAUCCUCUACGAGCGUCUCGAAGCCGAGUCGCAGGCCACACCCUCCAUCGCGCCCUACCCUCCGCCGUCCGCGCAGUCGCACCACUACGAUGCGCCGCACGAAGACGUGCGUCGCGACGACGCCUAUCGCUCCCCCGCCGUGCGCGCUGAGCAACCGCCUGCCGCUCGUUCGCAUGCCGACUAUGCCUAUCCGCCAGCAUCGGGAUCGAGCGCCUCGUACCGCGCGCCGUCGCACUCGACGGCUGCGCCAGCUAGACAGGCAUACGCGGCGUACGAUGAUUAUCCGCCACCACCACCGCGUUCGCACGCACAUGCUCCUGCGCACCUGCACGCACGCACCUAUGCUCCGCCUGCACAGACGUACGACCGUAACCACUCGCCACCGCCCCACGCACCCGCCUCUGCCGGCGACCGCGCAGAGCGGCUGAGGCAGUACACCGAAUCCGCCUCGCCCGAACCCGCCCCCGGCCGCACAGACGCAUCCAUCGCAGACACACCCGCAGAUGCACUGCCACCUUCCGGCUCGCGCUCCAGCAUGAAGGUCACCCUGCGCAGAGGUGCGUAG